AUGUCCGCCCACGGUCGAGAUUCCGCUGGCGGUGGCGAUGAAUAUGGAGGUGGUAAUUCAAAUGAUGAUUAUUAUUCAGCACGGGGUGGUAAAGAUCGAAAUAAUUAUGAUAACAAUAGUGGACAAAAAGGAAAUUAUUCCGAUCAGAAUUCACGUGGUGGUGGAGGUGGAGGUAAGACAAGUUUUGUCGACUCUUGUUAUGGAAGCGGAGGUGGUAGUUUCAAUCGUGGACGAAAUGAUUAUCACAGUAAUAAUAAUGACAAUUAUGGUGGUGGUGGUGGUGGUGGUGGUGGAUAUAAUCGCGGUCGAACUAGUUAUCAGAGUAAUACUAGUGGCAGUGGCGGCGGUGGUGGUGAUGAUUCACGAAUGGAAACACAACAUGAUACAAUUUUUAUUCAGAAUUUAUCACGAAAUAUCACUGCGUCAGAACUCAAAGAUGUAUUUAGUCAAAUUGGAAUGAUUAAAAAUGAUAGAAAGACAGGUGCACCAAAAAUUUGGAUUUAUAAAGAUAAAGCAACUGGCGAAGGUAAAGGUGAAGCAACAGUUACUUACGAAGAUGAAGACGCAGCACAAGCUGCUAUCAAUUGGUAUGAUGGAAAAGAAGUUCUCUCAAAUAUAGUCAAAAUCUCUUUGGCUACUCGACGUGCUUCAGCAUUCGGUGGUCGAGGUGGUCCUCGCGGUCGUGGUGGAUUCCGUGGUCGAGGAGGUGGCGGCGGUGAUCACAGUGGCUACCGUGGUCGUGGUGGAGAUCGUGGCAGUGAUUAUCGAAGUGGAGGUGGUGGUGGUAGUGGGGGCGAAUAUCGAGGUAGUGGUCGUGGUGCAAGUCAUGGCUCAAGUAGAGAUAAUCGUUCUAAUCCAUAUUAA